AUCAUUCAAAUGCCAAAAAUAAUAAUUAAGUAUUCAUUCAAUUCAUUGUCAAAAAUUCUAAUGAACAUUAAUUAAGAGUAAGACAGGUAGAAGGUUGUUUUCUUGCUUACGUCAGUCGGUGCACAAGUAACGGAGAUAAAAAACGAAAACCGGAGACUGAGCAGAGCACACCUGUCUCUCUCUUCACUCCUUCUUCCUCAAGCUUCUUCUUCUUUGCUCUCUCUCUCUCUCUCUCUCUCUUAAGUCUUUCUUCUUCCUCAUCAAGAAACUCUUUUGCAGCAACUACAGCUUAAAAAGAUGUCAGCUCCGGCACCAAAAGCAGCAGCGUCUGAUCCACUACCACAUCCUCCAAAAGAACAGCUUCCAGAUAUCUCUUAUUGCAUCACAAGCCCUCCUCCAUGGCCUGAGGCUAUUCUGCUUGGGUUUCAACACUACCUUGUAAUGCUUGGAACAACCGUUCUGAUUCCAUCGGCUCUAGUCCCACAAAUGGGAGGUAGAAAUGAAGAGAAGGCGAAGCUGAUUCAGACAAUACUCUUUGUUGCUGGAAUAAACACGCUGCUCCAAACAGUGUUUGGAACUAGAUUGCCUGCUGUUAUCGGAGCAUCUUAUACAUUUGUGCCAGUAACAAUCUCAAUCAUGCUUUCCGGGAGAUUCAACGACAUUGCUGAUCCAGUUGAUCGCUUUACGAGGAUCAUUCGAGCAACACAAGGUGCUCUAAUUGUCGCUUCAACUCUUCAGAUUAUACUUGGCUUCAGUGGCCUUUGGCGUAAUGUUGUAAGGUUCUUAAGUCCUCUUUCUGCUGCUCCUCUGGUUGGACUAGUUGGUUUUGGCCUUUACGAGUUAGGCUUUCCCGGUGUUGCUAAGUGUAUCGAGAUUGGACUGCCGGGGCUUAUCAUUCUUAUACUUGUAUCACAUUACAUGCCACAUGUUGUAAAGGGAGGAAAACACGUGUUCGCUCGCUAUGCAGUCAUAUUUUCUGUGGCGAUAGUUUGGCUCUAUGCGUUCUUUCUCACAAUUGGUGGUGCCUAUAAUGGUGACAAAACAGAUACUCAAAGAAGCUGCCGGACUGAUCGUGCUGGGCUCAUAGGUGCUGCUCCAUGGAUAAGAGUUCCGUGGCCGUUCCAAUGGGGAUCACCAUUAUUUGAUGCCGGUGAAGCCUUUGCCAUGAUGAUGGCUUCUUUUGUCGCUCUUGUUGAGUCAACAGGCGCCUUUAUAGCCGUGUCAAGAUAUGCAAGUGCCACAAUGCCGCCACCUUCUGUUAUCAGCCGAGGUGUUGGUUGGCAGGGAGUUGCAAUUUUGAUCUCAGGGUUGUUUGGAACUGGCAUAGGCUCUACAGUUUCUGUCGAGAAUGCGGGUCUUCUAGCACUUACAAAAGUCGGUAGCAGGAGAGUUGUCCAAAUAUCUGCAGGCUUUAUGAUAUUCUUCUCAAUUCUUGGGAAGUUCGGGGCAGUGUUUGCAUCAAUACCUGCUCCUAUAGUUGCCGCCUUGUUCUGUCUCUUCUUCGCGUAUGUAGGUGCUGGAGGACUGAGUUUGCUGCAGUACUGCAACCUGAAUAGCUUCAGGACGUUGUUCAUUUUGGGCUUCUCAAUCUUCCUAGGCUUAUCUAUUCCACAGUAUUUCAACGAGCACACAGCUAUUAAAGGCUAUGGUCCAGUUCAUACAGGAGCAAGAUGGUUCAAUGACAUGGUCAAUGUUCCAUUCUCAUCCAAAGCCUUUGUAGGAGGAUGUGUGGCUUACUUGUUGGACACAACGCUGCACAAGAAAGAUGGUUCGAUCAGGAAAGACCGAGGUAAACAUUGGUGGGACAGAUUCUGGACUUUCAAGGGUGACCCGAGAACCGAAGAGUUCUAUGCUCUUCCUUUUAAUCUCCACAAAUACUUCCCUCCUGCCUGAAAAAAUCCUCACAAACCUUUCAGUUGGAUUUAUGUGCAAAUUCGGUGAGAAAACAAUAUACUAUAUAACCCACAGUGUUAGCAAACAUUACUGUGAUCCUUGUUUCGAUGUUUAAAUGUUUUGUAUUAGGAGUGAUCCUCGUUUUGUCAAAUCUAGAACUUUUGAGUUUGGAUGCAAAUUGUUGCUAUUAAUAACAAUCCGCAUAUCUUGCCCAAAA